UAUUUUGCAGCCCUGGUCAUACAGCUGAUUGCACAAAGCAGAAACAAAAAAUUGUUUUCAUUGCCACAAAAAUCAAUAACCAUAAUUUAUUAAAAUAAAAGUAAAGAAAAUGAAUAUAGAUCUACGCAAAUUGUGCCGCAUUUGUUUUGUGGAUAAUGCGGAUGUCGACAUAACCCAGCAUAAAGUUGUAACAGCGGGUCAAGCGAAUGAAGCGGAAACCGAUGAGGAGGAUCACACAAUAUGUGAAAUAAUGGAGGCCAUGUUUCACAUCUCACUAGAUCUAUCAACUGAGCUACCUAUGAUAUGUAAUGCGUGCCUCGAGGAGAGCUUAGUGCAUUUUGCGUACUUUAGUAAAUUGAUGAUUGCCAACCGACAGCUGCGACAACUCUAUAACGAAGCGCAAAAGGAACGGGAGCAAUUGGAAUUAGAGAUGGAGGAGGAGGAUAUGCAACUGGUUGAGGAGCAUCAGCUGAAGCAGAAUGAAGAACUGGAGCUUCAGCUGACGGAGCAGCUGCCAAAGCACGAACAGAGGCAGGAGCAGCAUCUUCUACUGGAGCCACGUCCCUCUCAGCGUUUGGCUAACGAAGAUUCCUUGAUUGUAUCCGAAUUUUUGCCCGCUACUGAACUAGAUGUGCAGGAGCACGAUAACAUAUCCAAUCAGCUUGCCCACUUUCCCAGCUACGAGAUGCGUACGCUAGACUAUGCAGCUGUCGAACUUAAGCAUGACAAUCUAGAUGAAUACAAUGAGACGAAUCGUUUACUAGACACCGAACCAAGUGGCAGUCAAGCUAUAUACAAAUGCAAAUAUUGUCCUUUAGCUUAUGCAUCACAGCAAUUCCUUAAGACUCAUGUGAGGCGUUCGCACGUUUGCAAAUAUUGCACUACAGCUUUUGUCAAGGUGAAAGACCUGAAUGCCCACAUCCGAGCUAAGCAUGCGAAUAGCCAUCAAUGUGUUGUUUGUUUAAAUAGCUUCAGCACCAGCAGCAAUUUACGUGCGCAUUUAAAACGGAUGCACGGCGUCCAGCUGCCCGCCCAGGUGGCUUUACUCGACUAUCGACCAGCGCAAAGGCAGAAAGAAACAGAACAUAGCAUCAAUAACCAUAAAUAAAUUUCGCCUAGUAUCUCUAUUCAAUUU